AUGGCUGAAUCGUUAAAGAAAAAUGAAAUAUAUAAAUUAGAAGGACUCAGUUCAUUUAUCCGAACGAAUUUGAAACGAUCAACAGCAAAAACUAUCGAUUAUAUUGGUGCCACAAGUUCAGAAGCGGAAUUUUCUUCUGACGACGAUGAGAACGAACAAUAUAAAAGAGACGAAGAUGAUAGUGUUGGUGUUGAUGAUGAGGAGGAGGAAUUUGUCGAUGAUGAGCAACAACAGCGAUCAGAAGAUGAAAAUAAUAAUACAGCGACGACAACAAUAUCGAAAACAAAACGAAAUACAUUUUGUGGUAUGCGAGUAGUUGAUUCGAUUAAACCAGAAAAAAUUGAUUCAUAUUUUCGAAUUGAAAUUAAUGGUGCUUUAAAAUACAUUCACAAACAAACGGCAGCUUGGUUUCUUAUGGAUAACAAAACAAAGCUAUCAAGCGAUCAAUUACAACGUGUACAAGAAACUGGACAAGAAUCGCAGAAGUGA